UUUUUCAGGUGUGCCUUUCUGUCUUCUUUUAUUCGUAAGUCGAAAAAAUGCUGUGAAGUUUUGGGAUCGAUUGAUCGAACAGUGAUUGCGGAAAUUCUGCAUAAACAUUCUACUGAACUGAAAUGGCAACAGGCCUUUGAAGUGUUUUAUAUGAACAAUGCUGAAUGCAUUACCAUGGACGACCUUUGAAGACGACAAAACACACUUUUGGGUUCACUAUGGUCUCUGUGCAUUUGGUUUUCUUUUGGCAGUAAUCACUUUUAUAGUUCAAGCUACAAAACCAGCACCUUACGGAAGACACCAGAAAUCUAACCAAUCAUUUGGGCCAAUGGUUCAUCAAAGACUUGCACACACAAUAUCAGAUGCCAUUCCUGGUGUACUUCUGUUUUCACUUGUAUUUUUUCUUUAUGGGACUCACACAGAAUACACCAAUAUAACAUUUUACUGUUUAUGGCUUUGUCAUUAUGUACACCGAGGAAUUAUUCACCCAUGGAUCAUGAAAUACAGCAGUCCAAAGACCCCUUUGGGUAUACCAUUAGGGGGGCUUUUCCCUAACCUUCUCUACAGUUUUCUUAAUGCUGAUUGGAUAGGUGCUGCUUCUUAUGACUCUGACUACUAUAAAGACCCACGGUUUAUCGUUGGUGUUAUAAUGUUUGUCACAGGAUAUAUCAUUAACCGCUAUGCAGACUUAUCACUUCGCAAGCUUAGAGCAAACAGCAGUUCUGGGUAUUCCAUACCUAAUGGAUGUUUGUUUCACAAGAUUUCUUGUCCAAACUAUUUUGGAGAAAUGCUUGAAUGGUUUGGCUGGGCUUUGGGAACAUGGUCAGUGGCAGGUACUGUGUGGUUUUUGUUUUCUAGUGCAACAUUAGUACCACGAUCUAGGCAUAACCACAGAUGGUAUAAGGAGCAAUUUCCUGAUUAUCCUGCAAAUCGAAAAGCUCUGAUUCCAUUUCUGUUUUAAAAUAGUCACUUAGAUGUUAGUAAAUUUGUUCAAGGGAUGUAGUUGCUAAUGAGAGGCACAAGGAAAAGUAUGCUGGUAUCCUGUCCUCCUUUCUGAACAUCGUUCUAUGUAGAAGGACAUUGAUUGAGCAUUAAACAGGGAAAGUACUAACUAAGAUCGUGUCAUAGUAUUUUACUGAUUUCAGAGCAUACUUCUUUCUUUGCCUUUCUCCUCCCAAAGUACUGAGAAAAAUAUUAGGGAAACCUGUUUUAAUCAAACGGGGAAAGAGGGGUUGGCAGUGGUUCUGUUAAUAACUGGACUACCACCUGUUCAGGUGGAACCUUCUAUAAAGUAUCUCCUUUGGCCUGCAAAGCUCUCCAUUCCAGCAAUUGUCACGCAAUUUCCCCACCUGAUUGUCACACAAUCCUUUCCAACAGUAUAGAUCAUCACCUAAUCCCAACUGAUAUCUUCUUAGUGGGAUUGAGUUAUAAGCCAGAAAUGAUACUGCCAAAACAUUAAAAGAAUGCCUACUAAGUAUGAUAGUGAAGAUCAGAGUUAUGACUAUUUUAAC